AUGGCUAACAUAAGUGAAACAGCAGUUAAAAACAUUGGUAAUGUGUUAAACGACCCAUCUCGCCCAAUGAAAGAGAGAUUUAGGGCCUUAUUUACACUUCGAAAUAUAGGUGGAGAAACCGCAAUCAAUUGUAUUAGCAAAUGUUUUAACGAUGAUUCAGUGCUUUUAAAACAUGAGUUGGCCUACUGUCUCGGUCAGAUGCAGGACAAAAUUGCAAUUCCGAUUCUAAGGAAUGUGUUAGAAAAUAAAAAUCAAGAUCCUAUAGUUCGGCAUGAGGCAGGAGAGGCACUGGGUGCUAUUGGUGAUCCAAAUUUAUUAGAGAUAUUAGAAAAGUACCAGAACGACCCAGCCAUAGAAGUAGCUGAAACAUGCCAAAUAGCCUUGCAAAGACUCAACUGGGUGAGGUAUGAGAGUAAUGAAAAUUUGAGUAAAAGUAAAUUCCUCUCUAUUGAUCCAGCGCCGCCUAGUAGUGAGGAGAAUGUGGAGUCACUCAGAAGCACUAUGAUGGAUGAAACAGAAUCGCUGUUUGAAAGAUACAGAGCUAUGUUUAGCCUAAGGAAUUUAGGAACCACUGAAAGUAUUAAUGCAUUGGGAGAAGGGUUUAAAGCUAGCAGCGCCCUCUUCCGUCAUGAAGUGGCGUUUAUAUUCGGCCAGAUGCAAGAUGAAAGAAGUAUACCCUUCUUGAAGCAGACUCUGGAAGAUAUAAAGGAACAUGAGAUGGUGCGCCACGAAGCAGCUGAAGCCCUUGGCUCGAUUGCAACGGACGAGUGUGUCGAAGUUCUUAAAAGAUAUCUAAACGAUCCACGGCCUGUAGUUCGAGAAAGCUGCGAGGUUGCCUUGGAUAUGUCGGAGUAUGAAAACAGUCCAGAGUUCCAAUAUGCUAACACCUUAGUCACUGUUGAAAGUUAA